GUCUCUGUGUGUGUGUGUGUGUGUAGUCCAGGAGAGUCCUGACGUGGUGUCCCGGGUCACUCAGUACAUGAUGGGUGCUAAUGGAGCUCACCAGCUGCCGAUCGCUGAGGCCAUGCUGACCUACAAACAGAAGAGGAAAAAGAGCUUUCAUUUUGAUUUUGCAGUCAGCCCCGAUGAGGACUCGUGUCAGAAGUUCAUCCCGUUCAUCGGGAUGGUGAAAGUCGGUAUUGUGGAGCAAACAUCUGCAACGUCAGGAGACUCUGAUGAUGCUGCACCUCUGGGCUCCUCGCUGCUCUCCUCCACACCGCCUCAAGUCUCACCUGCACUCAAAGAGGCGUCGCCCACCCCCCCCUCCUCUCCCUCCGUCAACACCAGCUUCUGUGCUUACAGUUCUGCAGGUCAGGCGGAGCUGAUGGGGCUGCAGGUGGACUACUGGGCGGCUCCCACAGAGAGGAAGAAAGACUUUGAGAAACGAGACUCCUCCUCCAAAAACACUCUCAAGUGCAAUUUCCGCUCGCUGCAGGUCAGCCGGCUGCCACUAGGGGGCGCAGAGACGAGCUCCCUGCCCACCAUGUCCAUGACUGUGGUGACCAAAGAGAAGAAUAAGAAGGUCAUGUUCCUGCCAAAAAAGAGCAAAGACAAGGAGGUGGAGUCUAAGAGUCAGGUGAUUGAGGGCAUCAGCCGGCUCAUCUGCACUGCCAAGCACCAGCAGACCAUGCUGAGAGUUCUGAUCGACGGCGUCGAGUGGAACGACGUCAAGUUUUUCCAGCUGGCGGCUCAGUGGUCCUCCCACGUCAAACACUUCCCCAUCGGGAUCUUUGGACACUCCAAAGGGCCGUACUAACAGACUGAGUCACUGAGGACAGCGCCCCCUAUCCCCUUGUGCCAACAGCUUUUAAACCCGCGCUGCACACUUCCUCCAUUCUGCCAUCUUAAUUUAUCUCCUGCGUUGUCGCAUCCGUCCGAUUAUUUAAUCGUUUGCGUGUUUUUUAAUUUUUUAUUUAUGUCAAAACGUCUCGAGGCGAGAAUAUUUCUUCACUCAGCUUUUUAUCCUGCUGAUGUUUUAUAGACUUUAAAAAAAAAACAAAAACAUGAAUUAUAUAAUAAUUAGAAAUGACCUCUAACCUUUAACAUCCUGUACAAGCGGCCAUCUUUUUAUUUAAAUUUAACGAGGCACAGCACAUUUAAUCAAGAAUAUAUAUCAGAUAAGAGCAGCUGCCUCGUGACGAGGAAACAACGGGAUGCUUGUUUUUAAACCCUGAAGAAGACAUUUUGGAUUCUCUGCUUUAGAGACGGUUGAUGAUGAUGAUGAUGAUGAUGAUGAUGACGAUGAUGAUGACGAUGGUGAUGAUGAUGAUGACGAUGAUGAUGAUGAUGAUGAUGAUGACGAUGGUAAUGAUGAUGAUGAUGAUGAAGGUGUAAACCCUGAAGAAGAGAGACAGACUGUGGACUCUUUGAGAAGUCUCGUGUGCAAUAGACUGAAUACUGUGUGAAUGAUGAUUUUGAAUAUUCACCUGGCACUGAUUUUCACCCCUCUCUUCCUAAUUUUUCUCCUCCUGGUAAACUGGCUUCAGGGCGAAGAGUUUUCCUCCUCAGUUUGUCAUUUAAAGGUCUCAUAUUUAAAAUCCCCUUCCUCAUGUUCCUCUAACUCUAACAUGUGUCUCUAGUCGUCUACAAACC